GGGAUUGUGACAUCUAGCAUUGCCUACUAUGUUCAGGGACUGGUGAUACAGGACAGAGGACCAGUCUUUGCCUCUGCCUUCAGCCCUUUGAUGAUGAUCAUAGUGGCAAUUAUGGGUUCUUUCAUCCUUGCAGAAAAAAUCUAUAUGGGAGGUGUCCUUGGGGCUGUCUUGAUAGUUGUUGGCCUCUACUCAGUUCUCUGGGGGAAGUACAGGGACAACAAGGAGAAGAAGGAGCAAGAAGGCAUGGAGUUACCCAUGGCCAUAAAGGGCACUGAAGGGAAUGGACAGGUCAUGGACAUCAUCGAGGUUGAUAAAGUUGAGGUGCAGAAGGCCAAAGCCAACAACAUGAUGAUCUCCACCCUUGACCAGAAGGUUGUAGCAGUUAGUGUCCCAAUUCCAGAGAGUCCCAUGAAGACCAAGGAGGAACCAUAAGCUUUAUCAGUUUGUAGCACUUUUGAUGGGGGAGAGGGGGGCUGAGAGGGGCAAGCAGAGAGGGUACAGGGGCUAAGGAGGAGGCACUUUCGGGCUAUCACCUUCUCAUCUUUUUCUCUCUUUUUAUCUUCUUCUCUUUUUUCUUUUUCUUUCUUUCUCAUUUCGACGUAGUGGGAUGGGAUGUAAGCUAUAAUUUCGAAGUUGGAUAAAACGCGAUUGGAGAGUUUUAUAAUCUCUCAUUUGAACAAAAA